AAUAUGAACAAACAAUCAAAACGUGCAUCAUUCAAAGGUAAACCGCUAUUCCAAACAAACGAAAGAAACAAUUUGUUUGUGUUAACACAGUCCAGUGCAACAAAGUUUUACUCAGAGGAGCUGGACAACGGUGAGCAUGUACCGUCCGGCAGGUUACGAUGAUUCCGAUGAGGACGAUUUUGACGAAUUCGGAUACUUUUGCAGUUCGUACCGGAACGAAAAGCAAAACAAUGGGUUUAUGCAAACAAACCUGACGCCAGUUGAAGACCACGAUACACAACUGUACAACGCCAUUCUGGACGGCGAUCUGGAGCAAACAAAACGCGUGCUGAAGCAAAGCGAGUAUUUACGUACCGGGGGAGAACUACACCAUGGUUGGCCAGCACUGUUUUACGCUUGUUACGAAGCGAAACCAGCGAUAGCACGGUAUCUGCUGCAGGAGGAGCAGAUCGACGUAAACCGGGAGUAUGGAUUGCAGACGGCUCUCAUGAUUGCGUGCAGCUCGUCACGGCCAUCGGAGUGCGUGUAUCAGGUCGUCCGGUUGCUGAUCGAUUACGGUGCCAUCAUUAACCGGUUAGACCAGUACGGAUGUUCGCCGCUCAUGUUUGCCUGCCGGGAGGGUCACCUGGAGGUAGUGAAAGAAAUUGUGGCCGAAUCUUCACUGCUUUCGGCCGACAAUGAGGGAAAUACGGCGUUGUUUUAUGCGGUGAACAAUAAUCGCUUGGAGGUGGUAAAGGUUUUGCUCCGUGCUGGAGCGCAAACUCACGCCGUCAACAAACAGGGCUACACUCCGCGACAGUGCGCCACGAACAGCAACUAUCUGGACAUUGCGGAGCUUUUUCCACCGGAAGAGAAACCGUUCGAGAUACCGCCAAAGUACUUGUGCUACAGCGACUACCGCAAUUUCAUCCAUGGCCAACAGGAUGACGACCCGCCCGGCUACUAUCCCGACCUGGGUGUGAUGUUGUUUGGUAUGAACAGUGAAGCCAAGUUGCGUGCCUUCGUUGAGCCGGGAUUAAAUCUGUUCGAAUUCCUCACGCUUACCGAUGAACGGUUACGGCAGCUCGGUCUGAAGUUUCCAAUCGAAAGAAAGCGCAUACUGUUGGGGCUGUACGAUUUUCAUCUUCAGAAAUGGUCGAAGAACAGUCUGUGGACGAUGGAAAAACAGCGCGUCCUGGACUGCUACGAUGUUUUGGAGGUACUUGAGAACAUGCUCAAGCAUCUUACCGUCAUGCAUGCGUCGUUGCUGUACACGAAGCACUUGACGGAAAGUCACGACCCGACAGCAUUUUUCAACGCUAAACAGUGUACCAAACUUAACCAGCAGCUGCUCUAUUUUCGCGCGUCUAUCGACGGCUUCCGGAGCCACAUUGAAGCCAUCCACAAGCUGUCCACACCAAAGCCGGUUUUGCACAUAAUGCCACCUGAUAGGGGUGGCCGAAUAUAUGAGAAAAUGGCUAAAAUUAGCGUUUGUCUGAUAGCUGGAGGACUGGUGAUCUAUUGGAAGUUGGUGCGGUGAGGAGUAGGUAAGAUUAAAACUUAAACGAGAAUUAAAUGUACUUUGUACAUUUAAUUUACGAAAGGAUUAAAUGUACUUUGAAUGCAAAAUCAAAAUAAUCAGCGAUAACAAAAACAAA